GUAACACUAAAAUGAAACGUAAAGCUUGUGACUGGUCAUCGGUGGACGAAUCGUGGAAGCGGCGCAUUUUCUGUAAUUGGUGAUUGGAGAUCCCCAAAUAUUACACUGAUUAUUGGUUACUGUGUUUUAUUAAACUUUGGCCGCGGAUAAUAAUUUCUUUUUCCGAAACAACAAAAUUUAUAUUGUGUAAAAAGUGAAAAACAAUUUCAUAAGUGCGACGUUGCCGUUCUGUGUACAUAAAAUUCAAGAUGUCUGUAUGCUUCUUUGUGCCUGCUGAUCAGGGUGGCGCAUCAGGCGUGGCUGAGGAGGUGGAAACGGAAGGUGGCGAGGAGGCGGCCCCCGCGGAGAAUGCGCAACUCAAUCUACAGCAGUUCUGGUUGAAAGUCACUGAGGAUAUUAAGAAAGUUACCACAGAAGACUUCAAAAUGCAAGCGCUUCCUCUAGCACGAAUAAAGAAGAUAAUGAAAUUGGAUGAAGAAGUAAAGAUGAUAUCCGCAGAAGCGCCAGUACUGUUCGCCAAAGCAGCUGAGAUCUUUAUUCAUGAGCUCACGCUGAGGGCCUGGUCGCACACAGAAGACAACAAGCGGAGAACAUUGCAGCGGAACGACAUAGCAAUGGCGAUAUCCAAGUCCGACCAGUUCGAUUUCCUGAUCGACAUCGUACCGCGGCACGAGGUGAAGCCGAACAAACCGCGAGAAGAUCCGCCCAGACCAAGCCCAUCUACUGAUCAGUACUACCUGCAGUUGGCGCAGCAGCAUCAGGCGGCGCUACAGGGCACCACGCAGCCACAGAUCGUCAUACAGCCGUGUGCACAGAUUGUACAGAGUUCAAGCGCGGGCACAUCGUCCAACAAUGUGGUGAGUCCACCACAACCUGUGACUCUGGUGCAGCAGGUGUUAACGCCUUCUGGGGAACUGCAGCAGUUGCCGAUCCAGCUGACACAAGCACAACUAAAUAUGAUCCGGCUACAGAUACAAAACAAUCCCAAUCAACCAAUUAUAAUACAAGGCCAGCCGCAACAGUCGCCACAGAUCAUACAGGUGUCAUCACAGGCGCAGCAUCAGCACCAACCCCAGCAGGUGUUCCUAGCUCAAGUUGCCAAUAGUCAAGAAGAAUCAUAGUACAAUCAUAAGUAACAACUGUAAACAUUAAAAUCAGGAGCUUUCACUACCGUAGUCUCGAAAAAUUUGCCAUAUAUCAAAAAUAUUUGAGCAAGUUUUAAAUUUUUUAACGUAGAUUGAUUUCAAGCUCUCAAGUCUUGCCAAUUAUCAAAAACAUUUGAACAAGUAUAUUUUUUUUGCUGUUUCAAGUAUUUUCAAGUUUUCUAUAUCUUUUAAUGAUUAAUUAGAAAUUAUUUUUAUCUUUAUUUCUUGUACUGUUGUAUUUAAUAUCUAAUUACAUUACAAUUUGGGUAUUCUUUAAAUUUUUCUCAAUUUUACUCAUGAUGGGUAUUGCUGGAUUAAAGUAUUUUGAUAGCAAACUAAAUCUCUAUAUUGAUAAAUUAAAAUUCAUAUAUAUACAUUCUGUUUAAUCGACGAUUUUGCUAACUUAAGUAGUGAAUCCUCAUAAAACAAAUAGGAUUGUUUUCCAAACGAUAGUAUAGAAUGUCCAUAAUAUUUGACACAGAAAAACGCCAAGUACUCUAGUGGCAUUUUUUUACUUACCAGACUAAUUAUCAUGGGAUAUUAAAACAUCUGGAUAAUUGGGAGUAAGAAAAAAAAUU